UGUCGUCCCCUCGCGUCUGGGCGGCCGCGCUGCUGUUGUGGUAGGACUGGAGACUUGAUGCAGACGCCACGAGUCGAAUGGUUUGUCUCCAAAGGGCAGCGCCUCCCCAUUGGUCAGUCGCCCCCUGACGUCACAGGCGCACGGCUUCUACUGGUGUGUGCGCCGCUCGCCGAGUUCUUCGCCUACCUUCGGCAACUCCAAUCCCAGCCUGGAGCUGCAGCCGGGGGCCGCGCGGCUCCGCGCGCAGGGCUGCCGGGGAGGGAGGUACCUCCGCCCGGCGGGCCGCCGACGCCUCCCGCCGCAGCUUGCGCCCCCAAACCCGGAGCCUCAGUUCCCAGUACCGCAGCUGUGGAGCAGCCGGGCCGGAGGCCGCUCUCUCAGUCCCCUCGCACCCCAGCAGGCUGCCUGUUUUCAGAAGCAGUGCCCUCUGCAUUUAAAGCGAGGCCCCCUCCCUUGACCUCCUCUCCACACACCACCCCCCAGUCCCACCGUAGUCCCGCGGGAGGGCCCUGUCACCAUGUAUUUCUCUAGACGUACUUUAUUGAAACCACAGAGGGAAGAAGACCCCCACACCUGGGCCCCAUCCCUUGGUUUGGGGGUGGUAGAAAAAAAGAAAAAUGAGACCCUGUUUUGGCGAGGUUCCUGCCGUUUCAGGCCGUAGUUCCUAUAUAUUGGACAAGAAAGGGGGAGAAUAUUUUUCCCCCAGAACGCAGCAGCCUGUUCUGAAAGCGAAUCGUUGGAGGACUGACAGUAAUGCAUUUUUUCCUAUUGAAAACAGAAGCUACUGUAAUGCUUUCAAAUAUAUGCAAAUGAUACAUGCGGUUAGUGGUUUGGCAAAUCUUGAUUACAAUAUAAACUACCCAAGUAAAAGUGCCUUCGUCCUAAAU